GUGAGGCUUUUCUCUCUUCAGCCAACCAAUAGACUGGAGUAACUCUCUGUAGGGGAAAAAAGAGACAACAAACUGCACUGAAGAGGGAAUUCACAGCGGAUCAGAGUAGUUUAGUCUAAAGAGUUAUUCAGAGUGAAUUGUGGGAGGACACUGGCACAGUGUGUCCAUUAUCACCUUAUUCAAAGGAGCCAUUGGGAAAAGCAGAACAAGGACCCCAACAUUUGCUUUAAACCAUAUGGGACUAUUUCACAUCUGAAGUGAUAUAGGAGAACCUGUGCACGGUUUCUGUGGCGGCUGUGGUUUGUCAUCAUGGCACAUGCAGCAGCACACCUGAAAAAGGCACGGGAGCUGGAACAACCUCCUGAGAUAAAGGCUCUCGUAAAAGCCAGAGAGAGACGCAAGAAACACAGAGAGAGAGCAGAGCGCAAACACAAGUCGGACAGUAACACCAGCUUUCUGAGGGCAGCCAGGGCAGGUAAUGUUGAAAAGGUGCUGGAGUUCCUCAAGAGCGGGCAGGACAUUUCCACAUGCAACCAGAAUGGACUCAAUGCGCUCCAUCUAGCAGCCAAAGAGGGUCACGUGGAGCUGGUGGAGGAACUUGUGGAGAGGGGUGCGACCGUGGACUCUUCAACCAAGAAAGGGAACACAGCAUUGCACAUUGCUUGUCUAGCUGGGCAGAAAGAAGUUGCGAAGUUGUUGGUGAAAAGAGGAGCAGAUGUAAACUCGCAAUCACAGAAUGGCUUCACUCCACUUUAUAUGGCUGCUCAAGAGAAUCACCUGGAUGUUGUGCAAUAUCUUCUGGAGAAUGGUGGAAACCAGAGCAUGGCCACAGAGGAUGGCUUCACUCCUCUGGCCAUUGCUCUGCAGCAGAGUCAUAAUCAGGUGGUCUCUCUGCUGCUGGAACAUGACACAAAAGGUAAAGCCCGCCUGCCUGCGCUCCACAUCGCUGCCCGCAAGGAUGACACCAAGUCUGCUGCUUUGCUGCUUCAGAACGACCAUAAUGCUGACGUCCAGUCUAAGAUGAUGGUCAACAGGACUACAGAGAAUGGAAAGAGUGGCUUCACUCCUCUGCAUAUUGCUGCUCACUACGGUAACGUUAAUGUGGCCACGCUGCUGCUCAACAGAGGGGCUGCUGUAGACUUCACAGCCAGGAAUGGUAUAACCCCUCUUCAUGUGGCCUCCAAACGAGGAAAUACAAACAUGAUUGCCCUGCUGUUAGACAGGGGGGCUCAGAUUGACGCUAAAACCAGGGAUGGGCUGACACCGCUGCACUGUGCAGCCAGAAGUGGACAUGACACUGCAGUGGAAAUCCUGCUUGAAAGAGGAGCUCCCAUACUGGCACGGACCAAGAAUGGCCUUUCCCCGCUGCACAUGUCUGCUCAGGGUGAUCACGUCGAGUGUGUGAAACACCUGCUGCAACACAAGGCACCGGUUGAUGAUGUCACACUGGACUACCUGACCGCCCUUCAUGUUGCCGCCCACUGUGGUCACUACAGAGUCACAAAAUUACUACUGGAUAAGAAAGCGAAUCCUAAUGCCAGAGCACUGAAUGGCUUCACUCCUCUGCAUAUUGCCUGCAAAAAGAACAGAGUGAAAGUCAUGGAACUGCUGGUUAAAUAUGGAGCCUCAAUUCAAGCUGUCACUGAGUCCGGCCUGACCCCAAUCCAUGUUGCAGCAUUUAUGGGGCACCUCAAUAUUGUUCUCCUGCUGCUACAGAAUGGAGCCUCACCUGACGUCUGUAAUAUUCGUGGCGAGACGGCAUUGCACAUGGCUGCAAGGGCAGGACAGAUGGAGGUGGUGCGAUGUUUGCUAAGGAACGGCGCUUUGGUGGAUGCCAUGGCCAGAGAGGACCAGACACCCCUUCACAUUGCGUCACGUCUGGGUCAGACAGAGAUUGUGCAGCUGUUACUGCAGCACAUGGCUCAUCCUGAUGCUUCCACCACUAAUGGAUACACACCUCUGCACAUCUCCGCUCGUGAAGGUCAGGUGGAGACAGCUGCAGUGCUGCUGGAGGCUGGAGCAUCUCACUCACUCACCACCAAGAAAGGCUUCACUCCUCUACAUGUUGCUGCUAAAUAUGGUAGUCUGGAUGUGGCAAAGCUCCUCCUUCAGCGGAGAGCACUUCUUGAUGACGCUGGAAAGUACGGUCUCACACCACUGCAUGUAGCUGCUCACUAUGAUAACCAGCAGGUGGCGAUGAUGCUCUUGGAUAAAGGAGCCUCACCUCAUGCUACUGCUAAGAAUGGCUAUACACCUCUCCACAUUGCAGCUAAGAAGAACCAGACACAGAUCGCCUCUGCGCUGCUUCAGUAUGGAGCAGAGACCAAUGCAUUGACCAAACAGGGAGUGAGUCCUUUACACCUGGCAUCCCAGGAGGGGCACACAGAGAUGGCCUCCCUGCUGCUGGAGAGGGGUGCACAUGUCAAUGCUGCCACUAAGUGUGGUCUUACACCUCUACACCUCGCUGCUCAGGAGGACAGAGUGCAGGUGGCUGAAAUACUGAUCAAGCACGAUGCAAACGUAGACCAGCAGACCAAAUUGGGCUACACUCCUCUUAUUGUUGCCUGUCACUAUGGAAAUGUCAAAAUGGUUAAUUUCCUUUUGCAAAAUGGCGCUAAUGUCAAUGCAAAAACUAAGAAUGGCUACACACCACUUCACCAAGCUGCUCAGCAGGGAAAUACACACAUUAUCAAUGUCCUGCUGCAGCAUGGAGCCAAGCCUAAUGCAGUCACUAUGAAUGGGAACACAGCACUCUCUAUUGCUAAGCGUCUGGGGUACAUCUCAGUGGUGGACACUCUGAAAGUUGUUACUGAGGAAAUAAUCACAACGACAACCACGGUGACAGAGAAACACAAGCUGAACGUUCCAGAGACAAUGACAGAAGUUCUGGAUGUGUCUGAUGAGGAGGGUGAGGACACAAUGACAGGUGAUGGAGGGGAAUACCUGAGAGCAGAGGACCUGAGAGAGCUUGGUGACGACUCUCUACCUGGGCACUACCUGGACAACAUGAGCUACACCCAUAACUUAGACCGGUCCCAUGAGACCCCCAGUCAUCUUGCUUACAGGAGUGAAGGAAUGCUGAUUGAGGAUAUGAUCACCAGCCACCAGCUUAAUAAGGUUUCUGCAUUCUCUCGAGAACAUGAGUCAUAUCGACUGAGCUGGGGUGCUGAACAUCUGGAUAAUGUGGUGCUAACUAGCACUCUUCUGCAGUCAGGCCGAUCCACCCCAUGCCUUGACAAUGACAACAGCAGCUUCCUGGUCAGUUUCAUGGUGGAUGCCCGUGGUGGAGCCAUGCGUGGCUGUCGUCACAAUGGACUACGCAUUUUUGUGCCACCUAGAAAGUGCUCAGCACCUACACGGGUCACAUGUCGUCUGGUGAAGAGGCACAGGCUGGCCUCUAUGCCCCCUAUGGUGGAGGGAGAGGGGCUCGCAGGCAAGCUCAUUGAAGUUGGACCCACCGGAGCCCAGUUUCUUGGUAAACUCCACCUCCCAACAGCCCCUCCUCCUCUUAAUGAGGGUGAAAGUCUUGUCAGCAGAAUUCUGCAGCUGGGUCCACCCGGCACCAAAUUCCUCGGGCCUGUGAUAGUGGAGAUCCCCCACUUUGCUGCAUUGCGUGGGACAGAGAGGGAGUUGGUGAUUCUGCGCAGUGAGACAGGAGAGAGCUGGAGAGAACAUCACUGUGAGCAUACAGAAGAGGAGCUGAAUCAGAUACUCAAUGGCAUGGACGAGGAACUGGACACUCCUGAGGAGCUGGAGAAAAGGCGAAUCUGCCGCAUCAUCACACGGGAUUUCCCACAAUACUUUGCAGUGGUGUCCCGCAUUAAGCAGGACAGUCAUCUGAUCGGUCCAGAGGGUGGGGUGUUAAGCAGCACACUUGUUCCACAGGUCCAGGCUGUGUUCCCAGAGGGAGCAUUGACUAAACGGAUACGCGUUGGGCUACAGGCCCAGCCAAUCAGUGAGGAUCUGGUGAGGAAGAUCUUGGGUAAUAAGGCUACAUUCAGCCCAAUUGUUACUUUGGAGCCCAGAAGACGCAAGUUUCACAAGCCCAUCACCAUGACUAUUACUGUCCCUAAAAGCCCAACCAGUGACGGGACAAGCAGUACCCCCACUCUACGACUAUUAUGUAGCAUUACUGGUGGGACGACUCCAGCACAAUGGGAGGACAUAACUGGAUCCACACCGCUAACAUUCAUCAACCAGUGUGUUUCAUUUACCACUAAUGUGUCAGCAAGGUUCUGGCUUAUAGAUUGCCGUCAGAUCCAGGAGGCUGUGAACUUCUCCAGUCAGCUGUAUCGCGAGAUCAUCUGUGUUCCCUAUAUGGCCAAGUUUGUCAUCUUCGCCAAGACAUUGGACCCUAUAGAAGCACGACUCCGCUGCUUCUGUAUGACGGAUGAUAAGAUGGAUAAAACUCUGGAGCAGCAGGAGAACUUCACUGAAGUGGCUCGUAGUCGAGAUGUCGAGGUUCUAGAGGGAAAGCCAAUCUUUGCAGACUGCUUUGGAAAUUUGGUCCCACUGACCAAAAGUGGACAGCACCAUGUGUUCAGCUUCUAUGCCUUUAAGGAAAACCGUCUUUCUCUCUUUAUCAAAAUUCGUGACAGCACUCAAGAACCAUGUGGCAGAUUGUCUUUUACAAAAGAACCAAGAACAUAUCGCAGUCUAAACCACAAUGCAAUAUGCAACCUGAACAUCUGCCUACCUGUUUACUCAAAGGAAUCUGAUUCUGACCAAGAUGCAGAUGAUGAGAGUGAGAAGACACAUGAGCAAUAUUAUGAUGGAUCUGAGUCAACAGAGCUUUCCAUGCUGCAAAUCAUACAUGAUCCUGCCACACUCGCAAGUCCAGAUCUACUUUCAGAGGUUUCUGAAAUGAAGCAGGACCUGAUUAAAGUGUCAGUCCUUCUGACCUCUGAAAAGUCAAAAAAAUCGUGCUCCUCUGAUGCCGGAGAGCGAUCAGACAAGGCUGGGGACGAGGAAGUGGAUGAGCCAUUUGAAAUUGUUGAAAAAGUGAAAGAGGACUUAGAGAAGGUAGAAGAGAUUCUUCGUGACAGAACAAUGGAUGAUACAAAAGGGGGAGUUGCUAUUGGGAGAUCUGUAACCAUUGAUGAUGAGGAGUGGGUCCUUCUCAGUGUGACAGAUGUUGCGGAAUCCAAAAGCAAAAAUAUCACUAAAGUCCAAGAGGCACUCGUUCAGGAAGUUCGAAUCACAAGAGACAUUAUAUCCAAUUCUCCUGCUCAGAGGGAUAUUUCAGGUAUGAUUUCAUAUCUCAGCAGUGACUUAGAACAGUGUCUGCAGGAAACGCCUGUACCAUUUAAUGAUUCGCAAGAUGAGGAUAGUGUUCAAGAAAGUUUUAAAGAGGUUGUUGUGACACGUGGUAAACACCGUCCAGCAGGAAUCAAAAAGCCAGCAAGGAAAAAGCGUAAAGAGAGGGAGUUUGCAAGCGGCAGUUCAGAGGAUGACUUGGAAAGUAUGAGUAGGAGUCAGUCUGAGGAGUCUCUUGAUGAAGAUGCAGUUAUCGGUGGAUCUGAACCUGUCUUUGGACCUGUUCCUGUGUCUCCUAGAGUUGUAGAAACUCUGAUUGGAUCCAUUAAGGACAGGGUUAAUGCACUGCAGAAGAAGGUUGAAGAAGAGAAUGAGGUGGACAGUCAAAAGUGGAAAUCCCAAAAAGUCAGUACUUCCCAGAGUAAGCCAUAUGUCACAAAGACAGAAAAAUCAGCCAAGCUUCCUCCAAAAUCCCUCAGAUCCCCAAAGUCACAGACGGAACGGCUAGAGGAAACUAUGUCUGUAAGAGAGCUGAUGAAGGCUUUUCAGACUGGCCAGGAUCCAUCGAAAAGCAAGUCUGGACUUUUUGAACAUAAAGCAAUUAUGACUGUAACCUCUGAAGCAGCACGUUCUGAUGUGAUACAAGUUCCCCCAACAUAUGAUAGCCAAAAUACACUACCAACUCAACGUUUACAAGAAAGAACAAUUACAACUGUAACCUCUGAAAUGCCAAGUCCUAAUGUGGUGCAGAUUCCCCCAACAUAUGGUAGCCAAAUGACAGCAACAACUCAACAUUUACAAGAAAGAACAAUUACAACUGUAACCUCUGAAAUUCCAAGUCCUAAUGUGGUGCAGAUUCCCCCAACAUAUGAUAGCCAAAUGACAGCAACAACUCAACAUUUACAAGAAAGAGCAAUUACAACUAUUCCCUCUGAAGCAAGUUCUGAUGUGAUGCAGGUUCCUCCAACAUAUGAUAACCAAAUUCCAGAAUCAACCCAGCAUUUACAAGAAAAAAUUGUAGUAGAAAACAAGAUCCUUCAAGAAUCAUCACAUAUUGACCAAAACACAAUUCAGCAUAAACCAGUGAUCGAUGAUGGUGAAGCAGUACAUGAAAAACCACUAACGAUCAUCCAAAUCGAAGGUGAUCAUGCUGUAACUUCCAACAUUAUCUUUAACUUUGAAGAGAAAAGCUCUCCAGAAGACCUGCUCGGUAAACAUACAGCAAAUGACCAAAAUGGAAAACCAUUACAGGAACCAGAAACUGAGGAACAACAAAUAUGUUCUGAACUAUUAAGUAACGAAGAACCGCGGUUGAUACGUGAGAGAAUGUAUUAUGAAAAUAACAUCUACCAGAACAGGAGAUUGUCUGUGGAACCUCAGAUCAGCCCAGACAGGAAACCAUCAGAGGAUUUCAGUGCAGAUAUUAAGGCAGAACUUGAGGAAAAUCCUGAAUAUCUGCUCUUUAGGCGAACUUCAGGUGAAGCAAGUAAACAUUAUUUAAUGUGUAGUGAUGGCCUUUCUUUGGAAGAUGAGGAGCAGAUACACCAGGCAGCAGUGGAUCCAAGUAAAUCAAACAUAAUCACUGCAUUUGCUACUGCAAUGGUGCAAGGUGAACCCUUACGUCAAAGUGAAAUACAUGAUGGAGCAUUGGAAGAAAGUCAUGAUAGUGACAAACACGAGGCCUUAGCAGACUCUCCUGGCAAUAGUAUAGGGACAAGGACUCCUCACUCCAGCACAGGUGACGGUGAGAAACAUUUGGGACUUGCUGAAACCCCUCAAAAUAGUCCGGAAGUCCUUGUUUUUUCUUCCAGUACAACUCGUAAAGAAACAGAAGACAGAUAUCCAGGGGACCAGGAGACAAUUCACCAAUCAAGUUCGAUAUCACAUGAAAGAGCGGAGAGUGACAAGAGUGAAUUAUGUUCAGUAACCUCCAUAAAAAGCAAGACUGAAUCACCUUAUGAUUCUAAGAUUGAAUCAUCUUCUCCAUCCACCAAUAUUGAGUCACCGUCUUUUGCUAAUUCAAAGACAAUAGUUCAAAAUAUAAUUCAAGUUAUGAAAUUAGAGAGUGAAAUAUCAGCACAUAAUAUGAAAAGUGAUUAUACCUGUAAAGAUAGCAUGAAGCUGAUCAAAUCGGAUGUAAUUACUGAGUCUGAGAAGAUACCACAAUACAGCCAUCACAGUCAAGAUGCACCAGAGAGACCUUCUAGUUUGGAUUCUCUGCAGCCUGCAACCAUGAGUGAUACUAAAACUCUCUGUAGAAUAGACUCGCUUGAGACUACUCCCAUCAGAGAAGAUGGAUCAUCCCAAAAAUCCCCAGACUCUAUUGAGCCAAGCCCAACCAAGGAGUCCCCAUGUCAAGACUCUUUAGAGGGAAGUCCCACUGGUCAAGAAUCUGGUCAGCUGAGUUACACUGAAAGGGUCUUCUCAACAAGUCAGGCUUUCAUUUCUGACUCUGGGGAAAAAGAAUUAAUUUCUAAACAAAACAUUUAUUUAGAAAGUGAGUCAUCCCAAGGUACCCAUGAUACCUUAGAUAUGCAGUACAUUUCCAUGACCCUGGAGCAAAAAGAAAAGGUGAUUGACAGUGGGGAUCUUUAUGACUUUGAUGCUUUACAAAGGCAAUUCACUCCAGAAGAAGAGAUGUUUAAGAUGGCUGCAAAGAUCAAAACAUUUGAUGAAAUGGAAAAGGAUGCAAAAGUUAAAAAGGUAAAAUUUGAUUUUGAUUGUGGUUCUAAACAACCAAAAGAGGAAGAAGUGCUGUCACCACAUAAAAGUUCACUAAACUUUAACACAAUGUUAACCAUAACAUCAGAAGAGCAGUACUCCGAGAACCCUGCUGAAUCUGGUCCAGUAUUUCCCUUACAUUCCUCAUUGUCAGAUGAUGAUUAUGACAGUCCUGAGUUGGAUGAAUCAACUCACAAGGUCUCAGGAGAAACCACUGAGGUUUUAGAGACCACAGACAAAAUGGAGGAGGUACAUGCUCAUUUAAAGAUUGUUGAUUUACAGACAUGCAUAGACAUUCCAUCUAUGCAAACACAUGUAGAGAACGAGGAGGAAGACUAUGAACAGUUACCUUCAGAGUACCAUAGUAUAGUGAUUGGUGAGACUACAACUAAGGAGGAUCUCAUUAUUACAUCAGCAGAGAGCAAAAUGGGCAUUGAGAAGGAUGGUGAUGUUGAAUCUACUGGUGAGAGCACAACUUCUGAAAAAGUGCUUUCUCCCAUCGACAAUGUAGGUGCCACCACUGUUACAAAGGAAGUGCAGGAUGAAUCCCAGCCAGAUGUAUGUAUUUAUCAAAAGGACAAUGAAGAGAAGCCAGAAGAAAUCCCACUGUCUAUUCCAAGCGACUUGGUUCCCUGGAGUGCUGAAGUGGAAGACGAUGAGGCAUUCGAUGCAAAAAUUGAGGCUGAGGAGCAGAAAAUACUUGCUUUGUGUAUAGACAGACGUUCCCAUGGAACCACACCUGACACAACUCCAGGACGAACCCCUACUGAAGAGGGGACACCAAAUCCUUUCCUCUUCCAAGAGGGAAAGCUAUUUGAGAUGACCAGAGGUGGCGCUAUUGACAUGACCAAAAGGACCAUGGAGGAAGAAGAAGAAAGGUUAGUCUUUUUUCCGAUAAAUGAAGAUCCAAGUGAAGAAUUUGAGCAAGUCAAUUUCAGUGCUAGUGAGUCUGUUGCAAUAGCUUCAUUUGAGAUGCCUACAGAUGGUUUAGUUCAUCAAGACAGACUUACUGAGGAACCUGAUGGCUUUAGUAAAACUGGAACCAAACGUGUUCAACCAGAACAUCCAGAACAGAAUGAUUUUCCUAUCCAAAGUGAACCAAAGAGUCCCACAGAGGAUAAUGGAAUCUGUGAAGACACAUUAAUACCGAAUGUUGACACUGCCACUUAUACAGUAACACGAACAGUUUAUUCUGAGCAAGACCCGGAAUCCUCUGACUCUUCAGUGGAAGAUGAACAGCAUUCUGUUGUUGAAAUGCCCAUAUCCACCCAAGUAUCUACAAUUUCCCCUAGUGCCUCAGUUCAUACUGUUAGUCAACAACAAUUCCAGACACCUUCAAUGUACACUCCAUCCAAAGACCUUGUUGCUGAAAUUGAAGACACAACAUCUAAACCAAAAAUAGCUUUAAAAGCAGCCAGCUUUGACCAAGUUUUAGGACAAGGGGACUCCAUUGAACAGAAUCAAAGGCCUAAAUCUGUAACAGAUAUUGGUGACUCAGAAUGGUCCAUGUCUGUUGUAGAUGAUCACACUAAAAUAGACAGCAGCUACACCAAACCAAAGACUUCAUCCUCCCAGAUGCCUGUUUCACCGACACAGUCUCCUAACCUACAGUAUGCUGUAUCCAGUCAGCCUGAACUUCCUGCUGAAUUCUCUCAGGAUUUGGACUCUUCAAGGAGCACAGAGCGUGAUAAAACCAAAGGAGGCAGAGCCUCUGUUGAGUUCGGGAUAGAAAGUAGUUUGAAAGCAAAUCGACCCCCGUCCGUAGGCGAUGAUGUCUUUGAGUCAAGGCCCAACUGGGAAGAUUGUGUGGAGACACAGAUGCAGAGAAUCUCAGACAGCACUACCCCAGACCAAAGUAAAGUGGACUGGCAUGAUGAUGCAGAUAGGAAAGAAGAGACUUUGGCCAUCAUUGCUGACCUUCUAGGUUUUAGUUGGACAGAGCUGGCCAAAGAGUUGGAGUUUAACGAAGAUGAGAUUCAGCAAGUGCGUGCUGAAAACCCAAAUUCACUACAAGAGCAGAGUCAUGCUCUUUUACAGCGCUGGGUAGAGAGAGAAGGAAAGCAUGCAACUGAAGAUACAUUGAUUAAAAGACUCACUAAAAUAAAUCGCAUGGACAUUGUCCAUCUUAUUGAGAUCCAAAUGCACAAGUCAGUUCAGGAGCAAACCUCAAGAACAUAUGCAGAGAUUGAAAAGACCCUGGACCACAGUGAAGCUCUCUCCUCAGUCCAAGAGGAUGGUGACAGUCUUCGGGUGGUGCGGAGAGUGGAGACUUCACAAAGGCAUCCUCCAGCUGUGUCAGAAGAAGACUUAUCUGUGGCCUCUCUCCUUGACAUUCCAUCGUGGGCUGAAACAAUGGGAAACACCCAUUCAGAGAGCAUUCAUGGGGAUAUGAUUGAAGAAUUGGAGAUCAACCAGGACAGCUUCACCAAUCCAUGGCUGUUUCAAGAGAUCAAAAAAGAAUCUACAAAGGAAGAUGCAGAUGAAGAAGAGAUUGAUGAGGCAUUAGGUGUGCUGUCGGAUAGCUCUGACGAGGAUGUGGUGACCACCAGAGUGGUGCGAAGGAGAAUAAUUAUUCAGGGUGAUGAUGUUCCAGAUGUUCCUCCACAGUCUGUAACAGAAGAGCAAUACACAGAUGCACAGGGAAACUUGGUUAUGAAGAAGGUGACCAGGAAGGUCAUUCGACGAUGUGUGUCAUCUGAUGGGGUGGAGACAGAGCAGGUGAGGAUGGAGGGCUCCCCCCAGCAGCCUGUCAAUGUGGCACCAGGGGAUGGAUACUCAAAAGUAAUAAAAAGGACAGUACUGAAAAGCGAAGGACAUCAGACAGAGGUGACUUUCCAUGAGCAAGAUGGCAUGUCAUCUUCCAAGGGUGAAUCUGCUCUAGGUCAAGAGGUCAGACAGGUGGUCCAGACGACGAUGGUACAUGGAGAACAGCUGGAAAAGCAUGAGGGGGAUCCUUAUCUUGCCUCAGACCUGCCCUCAGCCCGGGAGGAUUUCACCCAGGACGAGGAUGCAGAAGUCUAGGACCCACAGGAGAUCAGUAGUGAGGGAUGCUGGGGGACAGAAGCAGGUGUGCGUGGAGCAGAUAGACGAUCGGUCUGAGCCCCAUGACAACCUACAGCAUCACCUCCAUCACCUCAUUCACCACUACUGUGCCCAAAACGACUGAGAGGAAGAGAGGGAGGAAACCGGAGAAGUCCGAUUGAUGGUUUCCCCCUUCAUUUUCCUCUCCCUAUCUCCAUCGCUUCUCUCUUUGAGCCUGUCUGCUCUCCUAACCACUCCUAUGCACCAUGCUCAUGCAAUCCCAGAGUGCACUUCACUCCUGCCACUUCCAGUCUUCCUGUCCAGUCAAACUGGAUGUUUGCCCAGUUUAAGUCAAUGGACAAUAUUUUCUCUCUCCUUAUUUUCCCCAGUUUACCACAAGUGUUUAUCUAUUUCUGUCCUUCAUUGUGACCAAAUGGUGUUCUUUCCUUUCCUUUGCUUUCCUUUGCUUUUUAAAUCCCUCAGUUAUAACACCAAUGAACACACACACACACAAAAAUCACAAUAACCAAAAACGUUUUUAUCAAAAGAGAGCGAGAAAAACAAAGUCCUGGUCGUUCAUACUCAGAACAUUUAAGCUUGAACUAACAGAACCUGUAAUGCACUGCCUACCACAACUAUUGAAUAUCGUUGCAUUAUAUCACCACAUCAUGACAUGCUAUUUUGAUUUCAGCGGUUGAGAUGUCUGAAAACUUCUUGCCUUCUUUAUCAGCUGUUGGGGUAUCGUGUGUCUGUGUAUUCUAUCCAUGGAGAGUAUAUAUAAUAUGCAUUUUUAAAAUGACAGUAGAUCACAUUAGCCACCUGUAAGGAUAUUAGCAGGCAUGCUUAGCUAGCAGCAGUCACUUAUUAAUAAGACUCUUUCUGUGGUUAGACGACUGUCAUUUUUCUGUUUCUCUUUGUGUCCGUGAUCUGUAGCAAUUCUAGUCGUCAUCAUCAUCACAUUUCAGUGCAGCUUUUUGUUGUAAUAGAACACAUUAACAUGCGCUUUAUGGUUUUAAACUCACUUUAGCAAGCGUUUCAAGAGGGACUCAGGAAGCAAAGGUGGAAUCAAAUUCAAGUAAUCAGUUACACAUAUUCUAUUUUUAUCUGAAUUUAUUCAUUUCUUUACGUAUGUGUUUUUGAGUGAGUGUGUGUGUGUGUGUGA